UAAGCUGCAGUAACAUUCCAAAGAUAUUCUUAAGACACUGGUAUGUCGAGCAACACAGAUGAAAGUGAGGUAAUUAUGUUGAAUGAAAAUGAAAUUAAGAACUCUAGUAGCAAAGUCAAACAGUAUCUUGCAGCUUUAACAGUAUCAUUUGGUGCAUUCGCCGUAGGCACAGUACUAUCAUGGACUUCCGUGGCACUACCCUACGUCACAAACAACCAACAAAACUCAGCCCAAGACUUCCCUACCUUCAAAAUCACCCACGAAGAGGAAGCUUUGGUAGGAGCACUACUCACUGUCGGUGCUCUGGUAUCAGCAAUCCCAUCAGGAUGUCUUGCAGACAAAGUAGGAAGAAAAAAAGCCAUCCUGAUCACUAUGGUACCUCUUUUAGUAAACUGGGGUCUGAUAUCAUACGUCAGCAACACCUGGCUGCUUCUUUUAGCAAGGUUUAUUGCUGGAAUGGGCGUGGGAGGAUAUUGCGUUGUUGCACCAAUGUACCUUGCUGAAAUAGCCGAUGCAUCCUGUAGAGGAACCUUUGGUUCUUUCUUCCAACUUUUUAUAUGUGCAGGAAUACUUUUUACGUGCCUUCUAGGACCGAUAACAACUUGGACGUCUUUAUCCUUAAUUCUAGCUGUAGUUCCUGGGAUAUUUAUUUGUAUUUUUCUUUUCCAACCUGAAAGUCCAUUGUAUUUGAUCAAAAAAGAAAGAAUAUCUGAUGCAGAAGUCACUUUAAGGUACCUUCGUGGUCCUAGAUAUCAAGUCAAAAAAGAAUUGAUGGUUUUACAGAAAGAUAUUGAAGAUUCCUGCCAGAAAUCUAGAUCUUUGAAAGAUAUUUUAACAACAAAGAGGUACAAGAAGUCUCUGAUAGCUGUACUGGGUGUUUUGCUGUUUCAGCAAUUCAGUGGAAUAAAUGCUUUGAUUUUCUAUACAGUUCCGAUCUUCCAAGCUUCAGGCAGUACCUUAUCACCCACUUUAGCAGCUAUUACAGUUAACAUAGUUCAAGUUCUAGCUACUUAUGUUUCUAGUUUGAUCGUAGAGCGCGCUGGAAGAAAGUUAUAUUUAUUUAUAUCAGCCGCAGGUAUGUUUUUGUGUUUGGUAACUCUAGCAACCUUUUUUUAUGUUAAAUCUUUUAAUAGCGAGAUAUCUCAAGGUUUAGGGCUGGUUCCUAUCAUAAGUAUGGUUGUUUUUAUGGCUUCUUACUCCAUAGGAUUCGGUCCCAUACCCUGGAUGCUCCUGGGAGAGCUGUUUGCUCCAGAAAUCAAGGCUGUGGCAACUGGAGUUGCUAUUUUAGCCAACUGGAUUUUUGCUUUUUUAGUGACAUUCUUUUUUCCGAUUUUAAAUCUCAAACUAGGCACUCACGUGACUUUUUAUGUGUUUUCCUGCUUCAUGUUGGUAGCUCUGGUUUUUAUAAGGUACGUUAUUCCAGAAAGUAAAGGGAAAUCUUUGAUGGAAAUACAGAAAAUGCUGGAAAAUUGACGGUAUUAUUGAUAAAUACUCUGGUUAAGACUGAUUUUUUUUAAAUUUUUGAUUUUUCUUUAAAAUAUGUGUGCAUGUUUUUUCAACAAAAGGAAAUUGAAAUUAUGAUCAAGACCAGGUGCCUGGGCAAGGUCAGUGCAAAAUAUUAUUUAAUUAUAACAUAUAUGGUACGUAAUAAAUUUUUUAUGUUAUUAGAAAUAAGUGAACUGUAUUAAAAAUGUUGAACAUGACCAGCAAA